UCGAAUUCAAAGCGAGACUUUGCUGGCCGUCAAUCCUUACGAAAUCAUCCCCUCAACGACAACGACUACUUAAUUAGCCAAUAUGCCGAGCGUAUCAACAAUCCUCAAGGGCCUCUUCGCCCUGGCGCCUCUCGUGGCUGCCGCUCCUGCUCCUAUCGUCGCUCGCCAGGCCUCGUCUUCACCCGCUGCUUCUGCUUCGGCGUCGACAACAUCGGCUGCGCCAGCAGCGAAGGCCACUCUGAGCGAUGUUGACAUCCUCCAGUUUGCUUUGACAGCUGAGCACCUCGAGUCGACAUUCUACAAGCAGGGUUUCGCGAAGUUCCCGAUGAGCGACUUCAAGGCUCUUGGUCUCAACGACGGCCAGAUCAAGUCCCUCAUGGGUGUUGGUCAGACUGAGGCUAUCCACGUUACCACACUGAUGUCUGCCAUUACCGGCGCCGGUGCUAAGCCCGUCGAGCCCUGCGACUACAACUUCGAUGCCGCUCUCGCAAGUGCCGACUCCAUGGUCAAGACCGCGCGUGUGCUCGAGGCCGUCGGUGUCUCCGCCUACCUCGGCGCCGCCCCCAUGGUCAACUCGUCCAACGUUCUCGCCGCCGCCGCCUCCAUCGUCACUGUCGAGGCCCGUCACCAGGCUUUCAUCCGUGUUGCCUCCGGCGCUGAGCCCGUUCCCGCUGCCUUCGACACCGCCCUCCAGCCCCGCGCUGUCUUCACUCUGGCCGCGCAAUUCAUCAAGUCGUGCCCCCAGGGCUCCAACCUGAACAUCCAGGCCUUCCCCGCCAUCGCGCUCCAGAACCCCGAGAAGGCCACCGUUGGACAGAACCUGAAGCUCGCCGACCCCGCAAGCCCGGCCGGUGCCUCCUUCUGCGCCUUCGUCGCUCCCGGCGGCAAUCAGUUCUCCAAGAUCGAGAACGGCAACUGCAUGGUCCCCCAGAACCUCCAGGGCGAAGUCUACAUGAUGAUCACCAAGACCGAGUCCAUCGCCGACGACCAAGUCCUGGCCGGCCCCUCCGUCAUCCAGCCCUCAUAGACGCCCUUCCUUCAAACCCCGCAGAAACAAAGACAAAGACAACGAAGCGUGUCGCGGUCGCACACGCGCCAAGUUAAUGUGCGCCCCGCCCGCUGUCGCCCCCCGAGACCUUUUCCUUUCUGUAGAUGUUUUUCCAGAGCGUUUGUCGAAGUAGGAGGCAGAGUGGAACGGGUCCUGAUGUCCGCAGAUACCCCAGAUACGAGACUGCGGCGCGCUUGAUGCGCCGCCGCGGCAGUAAUUUAAUUAUGAAAACCCCAAUGCUCCUGUUCUACUGGUCUUGCG